GGACUGCUGGCGCGGCGGGGAGCUGCGAGCGGCGCGCCUCGCCUCCCAUCUUCCAUCCUCCUGGAUCCGAUUCAACCCCCGCUCCCUCCGUCUCCCUUCCACACACAGAGAGAGAGAGAGGGAGAGAGAGGGAAGGGAAAGGGAAGAGAAGGAGAAGCGGAUCACACCGAGAGAGGGGCGACGGAAACGGGGAAAGUAACUGAAUCGCAGUGCUGAGAAAUCAUCCAGGGUCUCCUGCCUGGGACUCACACCUGACGAUGUUGUAGCUGCAGUUUGUCUUCCGAGGAAUCCAUGCUUUGACCGGGUGCAGCCAUCUUUGCGACACGCCAUUGUUGUGAUCAAUGACGGUGGUGAAGUGGAUGAGUCUUUCCACUCAUAACCGACUGUUGGGCCCAGCUUGAGGCAGCGAACCGUCCCCAGGGAAGGAGAGUUCAGCGUGGUCUAUAACUGAUCCGACACUCCCACUGCUUACCACUGCUUCAAAAUUCCAGUAAAGAACUUCCUCUUCACCCUGGGGCCCUGACUCCACAUUGUUCUAUCUCUCUUACACCUCCAUCUUCCCAGCUUCCCUGGAUCAAUCCACCUCCAAAACAUCCCUGACUCUAGGCUUCCUUCUCCCUGUUCCCUCCCCACCCCCGUGAAUCUCACCCAGUGUGCUGAGGCCAUGGCAGUGCCUUCAGCCAAUGAGUUUCACUGGCAGAACCUGGCACGACUGCCCAGCGGCCGUGUCUACCACACUCUGUCUGAGGUGGGGGGGCAGAUGUACAUGCUGGGGGGCUGCGACAGUGCCGGGAGGCCUUGUCCCGGCCUGGAGCUCUAUUCUCCUGAGGGGGACCGGUGGAUAACUUUGCCCCCAAUGCCCACCCCUCGUGCUGGGGCAGCUGUGGCAGUUCUUGGAAAGCAGAUCCUGGUGGUAGGAGGAGUGGGAGAGGACCAGAGCCCCCUAAAGGUGGUGGAGAUGUACAACACAGAGGAAGGGAGGUGGAGGAAGAGGAGUGCUCUGCGGGAGGCCCUGAUGGGUGUAUCAAUCACUGUGAAAGAUGGACGGGCUCUGGCUGUGGGGGGCAUGGGUGCUGACCUGCUCCCUCGUAGCAUCCUGCAGCAGUAUGACCUUCGAAAAGACGUGUGGGCACUACUUCCUCCCAUGCCGACCCCACGCUACGAUGCCAACACACAUCUGCUGGGCAACAAACUCUACGUGGCAGGUGGUCGUCAGUGUAAGAGACCAGUGAAGGCCUUUGAAGUCUACGAUGCAGAGGUGCGUUCUUGGACCGCGCUACCCAUGAUGCCGUGUAAACGCUCAUACAGUGGUGUGCUAUGGGACACAGGUGGGAGGCUGUGUCUGCUCGGAGGGCUGCGUCAAGGAGGAGGACACCAGAGCUCCAAGUUCACCAAGAACGUCAACAUUUUUGACACUAAUCAAGGUACCUGGUUGAAGUCAGAAGAGACGGUGGCUCUGAAAACAAAGAGAGCUGACUUUGCUGCUGCUUUCCUGCGUGGACGGAUGGUAGUAGCAGGAGGACUCGGUCAUGAGCCGUCAGCACUGGAGACAGUGGAGGCCUUUCAUCCUCAGAGGAAGAAGUGGGAGAAGUUGGCUCCCAUGACCUUCCCCAGAUGCUCCGCCUCCGCCAUUGUUAUCAGAGACCGCCUCCUGGUGGUGGGUGGAGUCAACCAGGUUCCCAGCUCAGCCCAUGAGAUCCUCUAUGUAAAAGAAGAAGAGUGUCUGUAGCCUGUAGUGACUGGCACCAGAUGAACGCAGCAGAUCCGAUUCUCUGUAAAACCCUCCCUGAAUCAGGCUAUAGUGAAAAAUGUAAUAAAGCAUUGAAAACACUGAGAGAGAUGGAGUCUGGGUGAAAGUCCCUGACGUUCUCGUGUCAUGUAACAGACAACACUGCCCCCUGCUGGGCUCGACUGACACAGAGAACCACAUGUAAGCAUACACAUGCACAAUGGAGGAGCUGGCUCUUUCUUUAUACCAAGUUAUGUAUGUUUCUUGAUACUUUUGGUAUGUAACACUUCUGCAUUGUACGUUGUAGUGCAUACCUGGAGAAGAGGUUAUUUUGUAGCUAUCAUGUCUAGUAAUGUAGACGGAAAAUAUAUGGAAGACCUAUUGUAUGGCAUGUGUGCAUUUCUUUUUUGGUUCUGUGUCUUUGUUUAUGUGUGUGCAGCUUGCUAACAACUGAGUGUACAGUAUGUAGGUAGUAUGAUUUCAACACAGGAUCUUUAUUUUGUUUGACGACAUGACAUGCAAUAUAAUAUAGCAAAAAACUAAAGCAAUGAACACUGAGUGGGAGUGGAAUUUGCCAUCAAUAAUUUCUAGUGUAAUGUAUUGUAGUAAUUACACUGAGAAUGCUGUACUAUCACUCCUCUGUGCUGUAACACUGCAUAUUUGUGAUUGUUAUCAUAAAUCGGUUUGUACAAUACAUUGCAUAUAUGAAAAGAAAAGAUGUAUUAAAUGACAGCAAAGAAGAGGUUUCUGUUUGAUCCUGACUGAUUGGACACAUUUUAUUCCUGAAGCAAUACUAAUUUCUCUUUAUUAUAAUGUUUCAUUUGUGCAGCAUGUGCUGUGUGGUAAUAAUCAUGACUUAAUAAAA